AUGGCGCACCUCAACGGUUUUGAUGCGCCAGACCUCAGCCAACGCCGGCCGGUUACCCUCAACCCCCCUCGCAAUAAAUCAUAUGCUGAAGCCGAUCUGAAUCCUGCCCGUCUCCCUGGCCAUGCCAGCAAGCUCGCUCGCUACAAAAGAUCCCCUCCCCCUCGCGUGCAUGUUCUUGUAUGCUUCCUUGUCCCACUCCACCCCUGCCGCGUCCUUGCGUCCUUCCUCCUCCUCGACCUCCCUAAGCAAACUACACUCAACGGCGCAGUCAAACUAGGAGAUUCCUGCACGGUGGGCCGAGGCAAUUGGCUUGAAUCUCAUCAGCUCUGCGUCCUCCGAGUCUGCUGUCUUGCUGCCCACCCAGUCGCCGUUGUCUCUUCUUUCAAUCACGCUUCUUGCGCUAGCGACCAGCAUCUUCUACUCACCGUGGGAGGCGAUGAGCUUUAG